AUGGUGUAUCAUAGGUCGGACAACGCUGCGAGCUCUGCUGACAGCAGGCGGGAAGCAGACAAGUCCUGGAGCAACCGGGACAGCAAUGCAGACAAUGCUUCUGAACCAGUGAGAAAUAGUGGUGAAAGUUCAAGACCAGAUGACAGUGUGGACGAUAGUGAUCCUGCAAAAUAUCCUGAGGAAUUAAGACCUAGUGGGAAGUAUUCUGAUAGCUAUGACGGAAGACAUUCCAACUAUGAAGGAAGGUACUCUUCUUCUAAUCAUGAAGUAAGGUAUGGUGACAGUGCUAGGUCAAGGAAUGGUAGAGAUGAAGGGUCGAGGUAUUCUAGAAAUUCUAGAUCUCGAGAUGAUGAUAGAUAUUCUCGAUCUAGAGAUGAUAGAAGAGAAGGGUUUAGAGAUAAAGAUAGAUAUGAUAGUCCGAGAUACAGUGAACGUUCAAGGUAUCGUGAAAGCAGUCGCCAUGAUAGAUAUGAGGAGGGCUCUAGGCGUUCUGAAAGUUCAAGAUACUCUGAACGGUCUCGUUAUAAUGAAGAUUCAGAAUAUGGUUCUGAUUCCCGUCACAAUGAAAGUUCCAGACAUCAGGAUGAACCCAGGCAUAGUGAGAGUUCUAGAUAUUCUGAGAAUUCAAGAUACAGAAGUAGUAGAAGUGAAGAGUGGUAUAAUCGGGAGGGAAGGUAUUCAAGUUCAAGGUAUGAUGAGGACUCUAGGUAUGGAGGUGAGAGCUCAAGGCAUUGGCGUGAUAGAGAACAAGAAAUGUCACCAGAAGACGCUUCUACUAAUGCUUAUUCUGAACCAGAGCAGGAGAAAGUGCGGAAUGUAUUUCAAAAUGAUGGGAGCUUCCUAGAAAUGUUUAAAAAAAUGCAAGAAGCAAAUAAGCCUCCUGCUAGUCAGGAAGAAGGUGAAACCACAGAAGCACCAUCGACAGCAAGCAAAGACCAACCAGCAGCUCCUGAGAGCACAGCUAGUGUUCCUAAGAGACCACCUUUAUCAAUAGUGGGGAAGAGAAGAGGCGGCCGUGUGUUACCUACUGGAAUGGUUAAGAAACAGAAACGAGAAGAAGAGGUGGAGGAGACUCCAAAAGAUGCAUGGUCUCUAUACAUAGCUGAAGUUCGCAAGUAUAAAGAAGCAUCUUGUGAAGAGGAAGGAAAGACUAGGCCUCUAGUGAAAUAA